GCCCACCAAGCGGGCUCCACGCCCGCGCGCAAAAGUCCUCUGCUUGGGUGCCCGGCGUUCGACUCGUCGGAUCGGCCGCCGAUUUAAGUAAUCGGCGGGAAGGUCUUGGCGUUCGAGCUGGCUUUGGAAAUCCGUAAACGGAUUACGGCGGGAAGGCCUUCAGGCUGGCGGUCCGUUUCGGUUAAGACCGCAAAAACAUUGCGGGCCCGUGGCAUUGUCGUGAAGAUAGAAGUCACAGCUCUGGGCCUGGCAAGGUCGCUUGCGGCAUCCCAGCGCAAGCAAGUGAAGGACCAGGACGGUUGUAUCAGAGUCAGCCCCUGGCCAAUCGUUAUAAACAAUCAAAGUAUAAUAAAUAUGUAUAAAUAUCUAUAUGCAGCAGCGCCAUAGAAAUAUGGCGGGUUGGAGACAGGACAGAUACAGACAGCAUUUUUUUUUCAUCACCCUUGGACUUUGCAUAUCAAUUCUGUAUCCCUCGUUUCGGUCAGUGAGCCAGUGCAGCAAUGCUUUUGCAAUUCCAUAGAACUGCGGCGGGACAAUGGCGAGCGUUUCACGACAUGCGCCCCGCAUCAGUUCGCCAAGCCUGAGUCUCGUCGCCGUGGAUCUCGUAGCCGCUCGCCGAGUCGCGCAGCAGGGCGCCCGCCAGCAGAGCGCCCCUGGAACGCCCUGCUAAACGGUGGGAGGGGCCUAUCGAUGGAGAUUCUGCAGAACAGAUCGCUGCACGAAAAGGCUUUCGACGAAAGGCCCAUGGAGCGCCCUGCUCGACGCGCAGCAGUGGGGUGGCGGG